UCUUGCACCUGCGCGUGGACGUCCAAAGCGGGAGAAACUGCAUUUUUUGGGUGCCUAUAUUAAUCAGGCAUUUUCUCUCAAAUUUAAGUUUCGAAGUUAUGGGAAAAUUCCCCUUUUGGUUGUCUCAUAUGAUUGCUCCCUUUGCAACCAAAGCAAUGGAGUGGAAGAAUCUCAUUUGCCCUAAUUCUCCAUUUGUAUGGGAUGGAAAUAAAAUCUCAGAAUGUUUUGAUAAUAUAUAUCCUUUUGUGUAUGUUGAGGAGGUUUCCUUUUCAGCUCUAUAAGAUACUAAUAGGUGUUGUUAAUUACGUUUCCUUGACAAUGGAUACAGUUUUAGGAUUUUGUGCAAAUGUAGUGACUGUUCUUAUGAUUUCAAUACUUGCAAUUACUCUGAGGAACGCCAGAGGAAGCCACAGGAUGAACUUCAGAGAAAAGGUUGUGUUUCAUUUUCUACCUGCACUUGGAGCAUGUUUGUCAUUUGUGGACAUGGUUUUUCUUUUGAAGAAAGAACUUAAUGGAGACUUUAUUGUAUAUCAUGAAUGGCUUUUCAAAAGUUCUCAAUUGAUACUCUGGACAACCAUCAUAAUUUCUGUAAAGUGGGCCUGUUUCCAUGACUUAUUUUGCAAUUGGCUUCUUUGUAUCUGGUGGAUCAUGAAAGCACUACUGGAAAUUCUUCAUCUGCACAAAACAUUUUCUUCAUUGGAGGUUUUGGAAUGUCUGAAAGAAAGUUCAGUUGUUUUGUUGGAUAUCAUGUUUGGCAUAUCCAUCAAUAUCAUCAGGAUAAAACAGUCAUCUUCCAAGGGCAGUUCAAUGGAAGAUCCGCUUCUUUCUGUUGAUAUGGAUAUUGAGGGAAGUUUUCCUGGGGAUUCUGGAAACACAUGGAGCAGUUGGGAUCUCAUGACAUUCAAAGCUAUCACUUCUGUGAUGAAGCGUGGCAUCAUAAAGCAGCUUGGCUUUGAGGAUUUGCUUUGGCUACCUAAUGACAUGGAACCGUCAACCUGUCAUGAUAGGUUGCUAAGCUUCUGGCGAGCUCAGCAGAGUAGCUCUAACCCCUUCUUGUUUAAAGCAAUCUGUUACGCAUAUGGAUGGCCAUAUUUUUGUAUUGGUUUAUUAAAGGUGUUGAAUGAUUGUAUUGGUUUUGCGGGGCCACUGCUUCUCAAUAAACUCAUUCGGUUUCUUCAACAAGGUUCUGCGCAUUGGACUGGCUAUGUUCUUGCAUUAUCCUUGGGCCUUACUUCUAUCUUGAAAUCUUUCUUAGAUACACAAUAUUCAUUUCAUCUUGCAAAGUUGAAGCUAAAGCUACGAUCUGGUAUUAUGACUGUAAUUUAUCAGAAGUGCCUGUGUGUUACCCUAGCAGAGCGAUCCAAAUUUUCUGAGGGGGAAAUACAGACAUUUAUGUCUGUAGAUGCUGAUCGAACUGUCAACUUGUGUAACAGUUUCCAUGAGAUUUGGGGCUUGCCUUUACAAAUUGGCGUGGCACUGUACCUUUUGUAUACACAAGUCAAAUUUGCUUUUCUUUCUGGAUUGGCAAUAACCAUCUUACUGGUACCAGUGAAUAAAUGGAUUUCUGAAUUAAUUGCAAGUGCCACUGAGAAAAUGAUGAAGCAGAAAGAUGAGAGGAUUAGAAGGACAGGAGAAAUUUUGACGCAUAUUCGCACUUUAAAGAUGUAUGGUUGGGAGCAUCUUUUCUCUAGUUGGCUGAUGGACACAAGAUCCUCAGAAGUGAAGCACUUAGCUACACGUAAAUAUUUGGAUGCGUGGUGUGUUUUCUUUUGGGCCACAACACCAACUCUCUUCUCUUUGUUCACUUUUGGACUUUUUACUUUGAUGGGACAUCAGCUUGAGGCUGCUACGGUCUUCACUUGUGUUGCCUUGUUUAAUAAUUUAAUCUCUCCUCUCAAUUCAUUCCCAUGGGUCAUCAAUGGAUUGAUUGAUGCCUUUAUAUCAACCAGGAGGUUGAGCAGGUUUCUUUGCUGUUCAGAGUACAGACAUGAACUUGAACAAAGAGCUGAAUCUCCUUCAGUUUUAAAAAAUUACCAGUCUGACAUUAUCUCUGAAGACAUGGCUGUUAUAAUGCAUGAUGCAUGUUGUGCUUGGUCAAGCAGCGAUGAACAGCAACAGAAUUUGGUGUUAAAUCAUGUGACUUUGUCUGUUCCAAAGGGGUCAUUCAUUGCAAUAAUUGGAGAGGUUGGUUCAGGUAAAUCAUCGUUACUGAGUGCAAUUCUGGGGGAAAUGUGGCUCAUCCAUGGGUCAGUACAUUCAAAUGGAUCUCUAGCAUAUGUACCACAGGUUCCAUGGAUUUUGUCUGGAACAGUACGUGACAAUAUUUUAUUUGGGAAGAGUUAUGAAUCAAAAAGAUAUUCAGAUACUUUGAAGGCUUGUGCACUAGACGUUGACAUUUCAUUAAUGGCUGGAGGGGACAUGGCUUAUAUUGAAGAAAAAGGAGUCAACUUAUCUGGUGGACAGAGAACUCGUCUUGCUUUGGCAAGGGCUAUUUAUCAGGGAUCAGAUGUAUAUAUGCUUGAUGAUGUCCUCAGUGCAGUUGAUGCAGAAGUUGCAAGGUUGAUUUUACACAAUGCUAUUUUAGGCCCUCUUAUGAAUCAAAAGGCUCGUGUUCUUUGUACUCAUAAUGUCCAGGCAAUAUCUUCUGCUGACAUGAUUGUCGUAAUGGACAAAGGACAUGUGAAAUGGGUUGGAAGUUCAGCUGACCUGUCAGUAUCAUCAUUCUCAGCAUUCUCUCCACAGAAUGACUUUGAUAUAUUACCAAAUGUUCAAGGACGAGAGCUCAGCAAAAAUACUUCUAUCGAAGGCAGAAAUAUUUUCAGUUUGGAGGAAGAAUUCAUACACAUUUCAGAGGAAGCACAAGAGAUUGUUGAAGUUGAGCAGAGGAAAGAAGGCAAAGUUGAACUUGCUGUAUACAAGAAUUAUGCAGCAUUUUGUGGCUGGUUCAUCACUGUUGUAAUAUGCCUUUCAGCUAUUUUAAUGCAAGCUUCUCGCAAUGGAAAUGAUUUGUGGCUGUCAUAUUGGGUGGAUGCAACAGGAAGUAGUCAGGCAGACUACUCGACAUCCUUUUAUCUGGUUGUACUCUGCAUCUUUUGUAUUGUAAAUUCGUCUCUAACACUGGUUAGGGCGUUUUCAUUUGCAUUUGGUGGCUUACAUGCUGCAGUUCAGGUGCACAAUACAUUGCUCAAUAAGAUAAUUGAUGCACCUGUGCAGUUCUUUGAUCAAACACCUGCUGGAAGAAUACUUAACAGGUUCUCUUCAGAUCUCUAUACAAUAGACGAUUCUCUUCCUUUCAUUCUCAAUAGUCUCCUUGCCCAUUUUGUUGGCCUGUUGGGAAUAGCAGUAGUCUUGUCGUAUGUACAGGUUGUCUUCUUGCUAUUAUUAUUGCCAUUUUGGUUUAUUUACAGCAAGCUGCAGUUCUUCUACAGAUCAACAUCAAGGGAACUGCGAAGGCUGGACAGUGUUUCUCGUUCUCCUAUUUAUGCAACCUUUACAGAGACACUUGAUGGAUCAUCUACUAUAAGGGCAUUUAAGUCCGAGGACUGUUUCUUGGUCAAAUUUAUAGAGCUUGUGGCCUUAUAUCAACGAACUUCUUACUCGGAGAUCAUAGCAAGUUUGUGGCUUUCCCUGCGUCUCCAGUUGUUGGGAGCGUUUAUCAUCUCAUUUGUUGCUAUGAUGGCCGUUGUUGGAUCCCGUGGCUAUUUGCCAAUUAGUUUUGGUACACCUGGGCUGGUAGGUUUGGCUCUCUCAUAUGCAACUCCAAUAGUGUCAUCGUUAGGAAGUUUUUUAACAAGUUUUACUGAAACAGAGAAGGAAAUGGUUUCUGUUGAGAGGGCUCUUCAGUAUAUGGACAUUCCCCAAGAAGAGCUCAGAGGAUCCCAAUCUCUGAAUCUUGAUUGGCCAUUUCAAGGAUUGAUUGAGUUUCAGAAUGUUACAAUGAGAUACAUGCCAUCCUUGCCGCCUGCACUAAAUGGUGUCACUUUUACCAUUCUGGGAGGGACACAGGUAGGGAUCGUUGGAAGAACAGGUGCUGGAAAAUCCAGUGUCUUGAAUGCUCUUUUCCGCCUCACUCCAAUAUGUAGUGGAUGUAUUUUGGUUGAUGACCUUAACAUAACUCACGUUCCUGUUAGAGAUCUCCGUGCACACUUUUCUGUUGUUCCCCAGAGUCCGUUCCUAUUUGAAGGAUCAUUAAGGGAUAACCUAGAUCCACUCCGGAUGAGCAAUGACCUGGAAAUCUGGAAUAUUCUGGAGAAAUGUCAUGUCAAGGAGGAAGUAGAAAUGGCUGGCGGACUGGAUAUUCAUGUAAAGCAAUCUGGAUCAUCAUUUUCUGUUGGGCAAAGGCAGCUUCUAUGCCUUGCACGUGCUCUUCUCAAGUCUUCUAAGGUACUUUGUUUGGACGAAUGUACAGCUAACGUGGACACUCAAACAGCUUCAGUACUACAGAAUGCAAUAUCUACUGAAUGCAAAGGCAUGACGGUGAUCACAAUUGCUCAUCGAAUUUCCACUGUUAUGAAUAUGGACAACAUCCUUGUUCUUGACCAUGGGAAUGUGAUUGAGCAAGGGAACCCACAAACUCUUCUACAAGAUGAAUUCUCCAGAUUUUCAAGAUUAGCUAAAGCUUCUACUAUGUAAUUGCCCAACUACUUGCAUAGGUCAUUUAGGACAUAUUAGAAUUCAACACGUUUCAGGAUGCGAGGCUCUUUGUUAAUUGUCAAUUAUCUUAUCCCAAGUUAUCAAAGCCAGUUAUCAUUCUAAACAUGGCCAGUUAGCUAGCCAUCCACAGAUAAUGAUGCAUAGUAUUAUCAUUAUACAUUAGGGCAUGUUAACUUGGGGAAUAAGGAACUGUAGCUGGUUGAAUUUUUAUGAUUUUUUUUU